AUGAAGAUUCCUAGUGAUGCUUCAUGGACCAUCAGGAAAUUGUUUGGCAUUAGGGGCUUGGGGCAACCUUUGAUCCAAUAUAGGAUUGGAAAUGGUGCAGGGACUUUCUUAUGGCAUGGCAAUUGGCAUCCUUUGGGGCCUUUGCAUAAGAGAUUUAGGGAAGAUGUGGUUUUUAAUAUGGGGAGAUCUCUUCAAGCAAAAGUGUUCUCCAUUAUUUUCCAAGGAGAGUGGAGAUGGCCCAGAAUCCGUAAUAGAGUUACUCAAGAGAUAAUCAGUACAAAGCUCAUUCCUCUGUACUUACUGACUUAUCCUAGUGUCAGUGGAGUCCAGAGGCUUUCAUUGCUCAUUUUCAAUUUCCAGGUUUCUCGGGUGGCAAAUCAUUUUACAAAAACCCAAGUAGCGACUCUUCAAAGAUUUCUCAAACAACAGAAAGCGGGCGGUGCAUGGGGGAGCCCCCUUUCCAAAAGGGAAGGAGUGGCCAUUAUUCUGUUGCCUCUACAUGGGAAGCACUUCAAACCAGAAGGCCAAACCCACCUUGGGCAGGAAUUGUCUGGUCCAAAGGUCCCACGAUGGGCCUUCGUGUUAUGGUUGGCCGUUCAAGCCAAGCUGAGUACUAAGGACAAGUUAGCUAAUUGGGGGAUGCAGGUGGAAGACAAAUGUAUGCUCUGCAAUAACGCUAGAGAGACCCACCACCAUUUAUUUUUCCAGUGUCCCUUCUCCUCUAUGGUUUGGCAACAAGUUCUGGUGAGGACUUUGGCGCCAGGCAUUCCUAACACCCUCACAGACAUUGUGGACUGGCUUGUCCAGUAUGGGACGUCCAAGGUUUUUCGAGAUUUAGUGUUACAUAGCACCUUAGCAGUUGUAGUGUAUGGCAUUUGGAUUGAAAGGAAUGCUGGAGUGUUUCAAGGCCUAUCCAAACAGGUUGACAUCGUGUCCCUUAACGUGAUUAACUCUAUCAAAGAUUUUCUACGCUCCAGAAGAUGUGUUAAGAACUCCACUUUGAACAAGGCUUUGAGUGACAAAUGGAGGCUUCCGGAUAGUAUUUUUUCAAUGUAA